UCACAAAAUUAUUAUCACACUAAGAAAAAAAAAAACCAGUACUAAUUAUUAUUGAUAUUUCGAAAAAUUGGAGAACGAAAGCCAGGAAGUAAGGAUAAGAAGAAAGAAAAAAAAAUAUGGUCGCCGAUAUAGAAUGAUACGAUACCUAGGUAGCCCAUCUCAUUUAGAAGGCAACAUUUCUCAGCGAACGUUCGUAGAAAGUGGUCAACCAAUGAGCUGAGAAGAAUACUGUAACUCCCUGUCGAAGAAGUGGGUUCUCUUAGUAUCGUGGCGGAGGGCAAUACCGGUUCGAUUUAUCAUCUCUUGGCAGUGUCGUGAAGCCGUGCAAUCCGGUGGUUAGUCACAUUGAUAGAUAAAAGAUUUUUCUUUUGUACCAAGGACUACGAAUUGGUACAACAAUACGGUAGAAGUAAUAGCAAUAUAUAUUUUUUUUCAUUUUAUUCGAAAAAAACGGACAAUAUAUUUCCAAGUAGAUACGAACGGACGAUCAAGAUCAGACAGCCCAAAAAAAAAAUAAAAAGAAGAAAUGUCGUUUCGACUUAAGACGCUUUUGUGCGUCAUCUUGAUCAUCAUUGUCACAGUACAAUGCCAAAAGAAUAAAAAGGAGGAGGAUAAAAAAGACGAAGAAUUUACGUGUCCGGAAGGUCAGGGAAAUGGAAAUUUUGCCGAUCCUGCGACCUGUAGAAGAUUUUAUCAGUGUGUAGAUGGAUACCCGUAUUUAAACAGGUGUCCUUCGGGAUUACACUUUGAUGAUAUCAGUAAAUUCUGCACCUUCAAAAAUGAAGCUCGUUGUGGUCCUAUUGCUGCAACUCCACCUCCGAUAACGGAUCCUCCAACGGAUCUUGCUGAAAGAUGUGAUACAUCAAAUUGUCAGCUUCCAUACUGUUUUUGUUCAAGAGAUGGAACGAUUAUUCCUGGUGGCCUUCAACCGGAAGAAACACCACAAAUGAUAAUAAUAACAUUUGAUGGAGCAAUAAAUCAUAAUAAUUUUGAUCAUUAUCAAAAGAUUUUUACACAAGAUCGAUUGAAUCCUAAUAAUUGUCCACUUAAAGGUACCUUUUUCAUUUCUCACGAAUAUUGUAAUUAUAAUAUGGUACAAAGUUUAGCGCACGAUGGUCAUGAGAUAGCAACGGAAACAAUCUCGCUUCAAAAAGGAUUAGAAGAUAAAGGGUACGAAGAAUGGGUCGGUGAGAUGAUUGGAAUGCGAGAAAUUCUCAAACAUUUUAGUAACAUUUCAGCUAAUGAAAUUGUUGGUAUGAGAGGGCCGUACUUGAAACCUGGUAGAAAUACUCAAUACAAAGUAUUGGAAGAUUUUGGUUACAUAUAUGAUAGUAGUAUUGGAAUUUCACCAUUAAAAACACCAAUAUGGCCAUAUACUCUUGAUUACAAAAUACCCCAUGAAUGUAAAGCUGGUACCUGUCCUACUAAAUCAUUUCCAGGAGUAUGGGAAAUACCUUUAAAUGCUCAUUAUGUUGAAAGUUAUGAGGGUGGACAUUGUCCUUAUUUGGAUCAAUGCGUAUUACAUAAUCAUGAUCCUGAAGAAGUAUUUGAAUGGUUACAAGAAGAUUUCAAUAGAUAUUACGAACAAAAUAGAGCACCGUACAUGAUGCCGUUCCAUACGAAUUGGUUUCAAAUAAAGGAACUUGAAAGAGGACUUUCUAAAUUUCUUGAUUGGGCAGUAACAUUACCAGACGUUUACUUUGUGACUGCCACGCAAGCAUUAACUUGGAUAACUGAUCCAAAACCAGUUAAAUCUUUACAUAACUUUGAAGGUUGGUCAUGUAAGAAAAAAGAAAAUAUUCCUGGACCACCAUGUAAUAAUCCAAAUAAGUGCGCUUUGGACUUUAAGCCUCCAGAAUCCAAUUUCACUACAACUAGGUACUUGGAAACAUGUAGAGAAUGUCCUUAUAAAUACCCUUGGUUGGGAGAUGCGAAAGGUACUGGAUUAUACAACGAUAAUUAUAAUCCUGAAAAGAAAUAAAUGAAUAUUUCUAAAUAAAAUUAGGUGUAAUAUUAUGAUUGUCAAGUUAAGUUACAUUUUGUUUUAUUGUUAUCGUCAAAAUAGUUGCUAUGUGUGAUAAAGUUCAUUGAUUAUUCGUUGGUAAAGAAUGUCUACAAAUAUUGUGCAAAUUACCUAUAAAUAUUAUAGUUCAUUUCAAGGAAGUAUUAUUAUCAUGUAUGUAUAUAUCAUAGAUAUAUCAUAUAUAUACAUAUGAUAUCUAAGGAGAAUGACAAAAUUUGUCAAAAACAAAAAUGUUUGCUAUAAAUAAUCUAUAUUUCAUUGAUCAGUUUGAUUAAUUGUAUAAAAAUCAUAUGUGGUUGUAAUAUUUUAGUCUUUUUUCCUUCUGUACGUACUUAUAACAAAUUUCAUUCUUCAUUGAUAUAUAAUUCUUUUCUUUUUUGUUUUGUUUCACAAUAAAUUUUGACAGAUUCGAUUAAAAUAUAUGUAUAAUUAAAUAAUCCAUUAUUUCCAUAAUUUUCAAUCAAUUUUGCCUAAUCUUAAUUUUUACUUAAACUAAUAAAAUAUUAUUUCUUUAAUAUUAAUUAUAUACAAUAAGGCCUACUUUUUUAUUUGAUCUGUUCUGUUACUUUUAUAAAUUUACACGUAAAUCAUAUCGGAUUAAUUUAUUUAUUAUGUUAACAAGAACAUAACGACACUAGAUGAGGUAAAUAUUUUAUGUAUUAAUUAUUCUAUGUGAUAAUAUAAUUGAAAAUAAUAUAUAAUAUAUAUAUAUAUAUAUAUACAUAGAAGAUAUUAUAGCUACAAUUAUAACUCUAUAAUCGA